AUGGGCAAAAAGGCAACAAAAGCCACACGCAAGUUCGCGGCGAGCGGCCAGCUCAAAAAGACGAUCCAAGCGCGUCAUAAACACCAGCAGGUUAAAAAGAAGAUUCAGAGGCGGAGGGGGGCGCAUCGAGCUAAGGAUGGGGAUGCGAAGGGUAGAGGGAGUGAUGAUGAUGAGGAGAGUGAAGAGGAGGAGGUUGAGGAGAGGAAGCCUGUUGGAAAGAAGGGAAAGAUGACUGUGGAUGAUAUUUUGAAUGCGGAUUUUAUGGUUGGGGGUGAUAGCGAGGAUGAGGAGGAGGACGAACAGUCCCUCUCGGAAGAGGACGACGAUGAAGACGACGAGGACGAUGACAACGCCUCCUUUGCUUCAGUCGACGACCUGGAUGAUGACGACGAAGGCAAACAACAUCUCCUCGAACUCUCCCAACUCGCCGAAAAGGACCCCGAGUUCUACAAAUAUCUCCAAGAAAACGACAAGGAGUUGCUCAACUUCAAGGCGGACGACUUUGCUGGAGGAGAUGACGAUGAUAUGGAUGGUGAUGAGGAUGUUGACAUGGAUGGGGAGGACGAUGAGGACAAGGUUCCUACACUUACGAAGGAGCAGCUGAGCAAGUGGCAAAAAGCUCUUUUGGAGCAACGUUCGUUGCGGGCGUUAAGAAAGUUGUUGGUUGCGUUUAGGUCGGCGGCUCAUAUGAAUGAGGAUGAUCAGGUUGUCGCUUGGAGUAUUGAUAGUCCUACAGUGUACAACAAACUCGUCGUGACAUCCCUCCGCUACACGCCUGUGGUCCUCGAACACCAUGUUCCCUACAAAACCCUUCCGAACGGAAAAUUCAAACCACCAACCCAAAACCGCAAAUUCAAGACUCUCCAAAAACUCAUCCUGUCGUAUUUCAACAACAUCAUUCACAUCCUUGGUCAACUCACCGAUAGCGACCUCAUCAAACUUGCGCUAACCGAAAGUGCAAAGUUGAUCCCGUAUGUAAUCUCUAGUAGGAAGACGGUGAAGACAUAUUUGAAGAAAUGCUUAGAGUUUUGGUCGAGUGCCGAGGAUGAAGUCAGGGUGACUGCGUUCCUCUCCAUAAGGAGGUUGGCUUCGUCCCCGGACGAGUCUGUUAUGGACACCAUUCUCAAGUCAACCUACCUUGCCCUGGUCCGCUCUUCGAAAUCCACAAGCGCGCACACACUGCCUUCCACGAACCUGAUGAAAAACUCGGCUUCCGAAGUCUUUUGUAUCAACCAUGGAACCUCGUACCAGCAUGCGUUCGGGUACAUCCGUCAGCUGGCAAUCCAUCUGAGGAAUAGUAUGAAGAUCAAGACCAAGGAGGCGUACAAGCAAGUGUAUAACUGGCAGUUUGCGCACUGCGUCGACUUUUGGUGUAUCGUACUCGCCAAGACUUGUGAUACGAAGGCAGAGGCGGAAGCUGGGAAGCAGAGUGAGCUUCGCCCGUUGAUUUACCCUUUGGUGCAGGUUGCUUUGGGCGCUGUCAAACUUGUCCCGCAUGGCCGAUCUCACCCUUUCCAUCUUCACAUUCUGCGUUCACUCCUCCAUCUCACACGGCAUACGGAGACCUACGUCCCGCUCUCGACUUACCUCAUCCCGAUCCUCACUUCCACCCUCUCACCCUCCUCCCGACCCAAGUCCUCAUCUCUCAAGCAGCUGGAUUUCGAGACGACGAUCCGGGUGCCUCAGCAGUACGUCCGGACGCGCGUGUACUCUGAAGGACUCGUCGAGGAAGCAUCGUUCCUUUUGGCGGAAUGGUUGGCUAGCAAGCCCGUCCUCGGGAGCAUCGCUUUCCCGGAAGUCGUCGUCCCCAUCGUCGUAGCGCUGAAGAAGAGUUUGAAGAGCGGUGCAAAGGUGCUUGGAGGAGGUAAGGAAGCGGGUGUUGUGAAGACGCUUUUGGAGAGGGUGGACGAUAGUGCCAAGUGGAUUGAGGGGCGGAGGAAGAAUGUGAAUUUUGCGCCUGGGCAGCUUGGGGAGGUUCGGGAGUGGGAGGAGAAUUUGAGGAGUCAGUUGGAUUCUGCGCCGUUGGCCAAGUAUCUCAAGGUACAGAUGAAGGCUAGGGAGAAUCGGAGGAAGUUGUUGGAGAAGGCACGAGAGGGUCGGGAUGAGAUUUUGGAGGAUUAA